AUGCUCUGGUGUAGGGCAACGUUCACGGAGCACUUUGAUAGUGAGAAGUGCCGCCUCUUUCCAACGCAGCAACAACUUUUUGAUUUCAUUGACUCGAGGAAUAAUGGUGAGGACAAGCUCGACAUCGAGGGAGGCCAGCGAUGGCUGCCCUUCAGCGUGGAGUUUCCAUCAGAAGAGGAGGCCGUCCACAUUCUCGCCUCGCGCAGUAUUCGUUCCGCACCUUCCAGUUCGGCGAGUGCUGCGGGGCGGUUGUUUCGCAAGCGUUCCAGUGAUGGGGAUGUAAAGAUGGAGUACUCCAACGCAGGACGACCCAAACUUGCACUUCGUGAAGAUUAUUCAAUACUUUACGGUGAAACGCCGCUCUCGGGCCAGUCGCGGAUGUUUCUGGCUGCCACUGUUGAAGGGUUAGCGCAAAUAGUUGAAGACAUCGAGCCGCUACAACAGCACCUCUAUGAAGUAAUACGAGAAAAAGCGGCAUGCCACAUGUAUUUGGAUGUUGAGCGGGAGAGGGAUUACUCAGCUUGGCGCCCCGUUGUGCAUGUUGUAGACAGUGACAGCGACAGCUCGUGCGGCGAUAACGAUUCGAACAAAUGCGUGGCCGACGUAUAUGAAUGUGAAAGUACAACAUACGCUUCAGCGCUGGAAACAGCUCUCUGGAGGCCCCCUCGCUGCUGCCCGUGGAAUUGUAGGAUUCGAGCUGACAACAGUAAGACCACCACACUAUUGCUGAGGGAACUUUAUACGUUUCUUCGUGAGGUAUAUCCUGAGCUACUGUCGGGUCUCAAGCAGGAUCAUCUGCAGCUUAAAAGGGACGUUUCCGGGUGCCCCACUACCCCUAGUGAACACGAUACAUUCUUUGAAGAGUGGCCGCUUGGUUUGGGCGUAAGCGUAUUAGUUAUGCGAUCGGUUCAGCAACACCAAUACGAUGGCAAAGGUAGUGCAAAGUUCUCACAGCACUAUGUUGUGAAGUUUGAUGGACACUGGUUUGGGAGCAACGGAGAUGUUGGACGACUUGUUUCGCAGUUCAUCGACUACCUGUAUGAGCGGGUGGAAAGUGAUGUACAACUUCACACAGCUUUGUUUUACCAUGACGUGCCGAAGCAUUUCCCUGUGCUUCCCUCGGAGGACGCACCCAACCUGCCCUUUUUGCCCCUGAGGUGCGUUAUUGAUUCGGCUGUAUACAGUCGGAACCGUACAAUGCGGUGCCUUGGGAGCUGCAAGCUUCAUAAGACAAGCAUUCUCGCUUUGGAGAAGACAACAGAGCGGAUGACGGAUGCGGUUUCGCUAUUCUUUGCAUCGCUCAUUACUUUGCCACAUGGGACCCAACGAGUUGUUACUGUACCUGACGUGUCACCGCCACGUAGUGUCAGUGGUACACCAAAUGCUUCUACUAAGGGAGGCAAUUUGUUGAGUAAGCAACUGCCUCUUGAAGAGGCCGAGAGGUACAGUGCACUCGCCAAAUACAUUGGCGAACAGUGGAGUUCUGCGGGUGGCGUUGAGUGCGGUGUGAGCUCCAUUCGCCGCUGUGGCGACCGUUACCUACUAUUCAUGUUGAAGGGGUCCCGCUACUGCGGCAACAUUGGGCGCCAGCACCGAUCCAACAACGUUUACAUAAGUGUUGAUCUUCAUUGCGGGAUGUGGGUUCAGAAAUGUUUCGACCCUGAGUGCGCAGGAUACAGAGGACCACCGCAACCUCUACCGCCACUAGUUGGAAACCAGUGCUGCGGGGCGCCAAACGUGGUUGAAGGGACUGGUGGAAACCGGGCUGUUUCCCUCGCAUCACACGCCUCUAUGAGGACUCCUUUCCGUCCGUCGCAGGACGCUUAG